AUGCCGCGUCGCAAGGCCAAUGAAAAUGGUACGGCAAGCGCAACGGUCGGUGGUGCGACAAAGCCGCGCGCACGACGAUCGAAGAAGGACGUGGUCGUGGGGGUUGCUGCUGGCGGUGGUGGCGGCCUGGAGCCGAAGCUGGAACUCGUCCAGGGUAUGUACGACACCGGCCAAGCGGCCCCGUCGGCCAUGCAACCGGUUCCUAUGAUGCACAACCACAACGGCAUGAUCCCGAUGCACGAUGAUGCCGGUGGACCGAUGUCCAGUCAUCACGUGUACACGCCACCGCAGGGCUCCAUGGGCGCACCGGUCCCGCAACCGCCACCGCCUCCGGAGUACUACCAGGCCGUACCGCCCGGGUAUCAGCCAUCGGCGCUUGGCCCACCACCACCCGGACCUGCACAGCAGGCACCGCCACCACCACCGCCACCGCCGCCGCCGCACCAGUUCAUUGAACCUGAACCACCGCAGAGUCCAUUUGUUGGGCAGCCAUCUCAUCUGCAGCAGCAUAAUCACAUGAUCAUGAGGUACAGGCAUGUCGCUCCAAUGGGAGUGCCAAACCAUCAGCAAGGGCCUCCACCUUCACAACUGGAGUUCAGGUUGCAUGAAAUGAACCGGAGGUUAUUCAUCUUCAGCAAUAGCGGGAUCCAGGAAAAGGAUCACACGCAGUGGUGGGAUGCGUUCGCGCAUGAAUUUUUUGAUGACGACGCUAAAAUGAGUUUUGUGCUGUUCGACGAUCAGGUGCCAGGCCAUCACCAUCGCUACACCAUCGGUCGAUUGUUGAUACCAAGGUAUUUCCGGUCAAUAUUUGAAAGUGGCGUGAAAGAAAUGUUUUACGUAGUACGAACACCGUCACGCGAGCAAGCAGGAGGGCCGUGGACAAUCGUGCUUGAUUGCGACAACGUGCUGCUUGUAUCAAAACACGAAAAACCGGUCUUAUCGGAAGUGCACACCGACUGUAAGUUGAUGUGCGAAUUUGCGUUUGAUGAGACGUAUGGCUAUAGGAUCCGGCAGUGGAACAUUGAGCUAAGGCAUUGUCAGGAAUUCGUCCUCAGAGAUAUUAAUAUGCUGCAAGACAGCGAAACGCAGGAGAAACUGAAGAUGAGUAUAACGCGGACAGGCAUGACACAAAUAACGCUAAAUUAUUUGAAACUUUGUAUGAUUCUGGAACCAAUGCAGGUGCUGAUGAGCCAAAGUAAAUCGCAUAACAUUCCCCCGAGAGAAUCGCUCAAACAAACACUGUUUCAAGCUCAUGCAAAAAUGCAACAGUACCAGCAGCAUCAGCAGCAGCAACAGAUGGCCAUGAACGCUAUGGGUGGGUUGAAUCCGUCACAUGUGUUACCGCCAACACCAGUGGAAGAGCCGACCUCGAAGAAGCCUCGUAAAAGAACGAGGAAAACUGCUGCUGGUGCUGGCACGACAUCUAAUGCAAAAAAGAAAAAUAAUUCACCACCUGCGACCAAUGCUGCUAAUUUUCCAAUGAAUUCGCAUUUCCCGAUCCAAUAUCAGGAUGUUAUGGUGGUGGGCGAGCCGUCUAUGAUGGGCGGUGAAUAUGGUGAGGAAGAUGAACGAACAAUAUCGCGAGUGGAAAACACACAAUUUGAUCCGAACGCUAUGCAGAAUUCGUUGCCCAGUAUGAACCAUCAGAUGCCCAAUGUUAUGUCAGCAAUUGGUGGACCGCCACCGCCUCAGUCCUAUAUGCCGGAUUUUGAGUUGACAUCAAUAGGCGGAUGGGGCGUGAAUACCGGAAAUCAGGGCCCUCCUGCUGCACCUCCAGCUACGUGUGGUACGCCGCUUGGUGUGAAUACACCGAUCACUGCUUGCGAUCCACAGCAAACUUGA